CGAAGAAGAAUAAAACAAGCAUGGCAGGAAACAUAAGCAGCGCUGCAGCUCCGAUAACUAGUUCUCUAUCUAAACUACAGGCUUUAAAUGGACUGUUUGCAAUAUAUAAAAAACAAGGGCCGACAUCUGCAGACGUGUUAAAUGCACUCAAAGAAGCUUUACUCAAAGAAGCUGGAGUUCAAAACCCAAACCCGCGGAAGAGGAAGAAGCAGAGCCUGAAGAUGGGGCACGGAGGGACGCUGGACAGCGCUGCCAGUGGGGUGCUGGUUGUUGGCAUUGGGAAUGGCACAAAGAUGCUCAGUACAAUGUUGGCUGGUUCUAAGAAAUAUGUUGCUGUAGGUGAACUGGGGAAAGCAACGGAUACUCUUGAUGCCACUGGAAGUGUGAUUCUGGAGAAAGACUAUGAACACAUAACUAGGUUGGACCUUGAGGACAAGCUGAAAGCUUUCACUGGUGACAUCAUGCAAGUUCCUCCACUCUACUCCGCACUGAAAAAAGAUGGCCAGCGUCUGUCUGUCCUGCUGAAGAAAGGUCACAAGGUUGAGGCCAAACCAGCCAGACCAGUCACUGUGUACAACCUGACCCUGCAAGAGUUCAAGCCUCCUCACUUCACUCUGGAUAUUGAGUGUGGUGGUGGCUUUUAUGUCAGAAGCUUGGUGGAUGACCUGGGAAAAGCUCUGUCAUCAUGUGCUCACGUGAAGGAACUGAUCCGGACCAAGCAGGGUCAGUUCACCCUUGAGGAGCAUGCCUUACAUGAGGAGCAGUGGACACUGGAGCGUAUCCUGUUCUCUCUGCAGCCCUGCUCAGAGUCAGAGCAGGCUUUGGACUGUACAAAACCACCAGAAGCUGACACCUUAGGGACACACUCUGAGAUCAAAAUGAAAACCUGAAGUUUCUGUCUGGUUCACAGUUAGGCUUGAGUCACCUGCUUGGCUUUUCCAAUGACGAGAACAUCCAGUCUAAACACACCAGGUUCUCCAGGGCGUGUUGUUGAGCAAGUGUGACUAAUUGAGACGUCACAAGCACUGAUGGUUUGGAAAUCAAUGGACCAGUGUAAUCACUCGGCGCUGGACUCUCUUCUAGUCCACAUUCUACUGCAUCGUCUCUGUCUCGAAUCAUUCUGCCCGGUUGAUGGAAAGGUUAUACAGUAUACAUACGUACUACAAUUUACUACUACAGGAAAAUGAGAAAUGAUACACUGUGUUAGUGAAGAUUGCUUGACAGUGCACACCUUUUGAGACAUUAAAGUCAAACAGACAGACUUAUUAAACAUUUGAGAAAAACAUCACACUGCAGGAUUUUCUGAUUUAUGCUGAAAACAUUUAAAAUAUUAGUUUAUUUUUGUAUAAUUUCUUUAUUAAAGUAGUUUCUGUUUGCAGCCCAAUUGUGGGAAAUCUUUUUGAUAGGCAGAAACAGUGUAAAAAAGAGUACUGCGGUAACAUUUUGCCAGAUCUCUGGUCUAUUUUUGCAAGGCAAGUAACAUAUUAGCCAGUUUACCUGAAGAUUUAUUUGUGGAGCUGCCUUGCUGGUUAAUUUAAAAAAGACAUUUGACUGAGUGUUGAACUGUUUUAAUUUUUUUUGUUUGGUGUACUCCACAUCUGAUAGUGUUCCAUCAGCAGAAGUAUAUCCUGUAUGUCUAAUUUACAUUAUUAUGCACUUGCAGAGUGAAUAAAUAUAAACAAAAAAAGUAAA